CAGCCCCCUGACCUGCCCGGCGCCGCAGGCACCCGGCGCAACCCGUCGGAAAUGGUUGAAACCCCUGCUAGCGAAACGUUUCUAAACGGAAACUCUUGCUAGGGCUCAGGCCAGGUGUCAGGAAGGGUUUUGGUGUCAGGAGGCAGAGGCCAGCUUAAACCCCUUUUAUAACGCGUUUGGAAAAGGAAGAGCAAGAGGUUUUUGAACAGCUCACCUGCUGAGGGGAGAGCUUCCCACAGCCACCAGCCCCCGGGAGCUGUGCUGCAGCUCCUGUUUGUCUCGUGCAACAUUUGUGUGCUGUUCUUGGCUUUAGAGCCACCAGGUUGCACAGAUGUUUCUUGGAUGAUCUAUGUCAAGUUAGUUCAGCCAUGCCCAGUUUGGGGAGAUUCUGUGUAGGGGAAGUGAAACUGACGAGCUGUUCAUCUCUGUAGAAACUAACUCGGAGCAGAAGCCAAACUUUCUAAUUUUCACUUUUGUGGUAAACACUGGUGGAAAGGCCUGCAAAACGAGCAGAAACAAGGUUGAACAGGGCCUCCUGUGACUGAUGCAGAAAGUGGUUUUUGGCCUGGAAGGAACAGGAGCUGCUCUGAGCACUGUCGAAUGCUCCUGUUUCAGUUGGUUGGAGGCUGGUCUGGUGGUGUCAUCACUAAGCAGCACCACAUGUUCACACCCUUCCUAGGAACGUGAGCAGCAGGUAUAAUAAGCAAGCUACAUCUUGUCUCCUUUCAUACCAGGCUCUUGCCAGCUGGCUUGCUCCUCUGGCUAGCAGAUUCAGGUACAUGUUCAAUCCGCAGAUCAGAGGCCAGUGUGUGUGGGUAGGCAGGCCAAGCAGAUCAAUCCAGAUGCCCUGGAUUGAGGGAAGACACGGGUUACACAGCCUGUGCACUCAUGCCAGAGCUCCUUUGAUUUACUCUUUUCUUAUUUUGGGUUUAGCAUCUGUAAUGUACUUGCUCUGCCCUGGUCAGAAAUGGGCUGUGUUCCAUUUUACUUGGGGCAAGGGAAACUCAGCACCUUGUUCUUGCCUGUUUUCCUCCAGCCAUCAGAGCUGCACUUUCAGCUUCCUAGAGCUCUGCUGUUGGUCUUCCAGCCUGGGUCAACAUUACAAAUUGAAAGGCAGUGCACCAAGUGCUGCUCUGGCAACUGUGCUGGUUGACCUUUGUUUAUUAGUGACUGUUACACUGGAGGAAGGUGUUCCCUGGACAAUCCUGGAGACAGAAGCACUGUAUUUCUGGAGCAGAUUGCCUUGGUACUGCAGCCCUCCGUCCUGCUGCAAUGAGUGGGAAGUCUUUGCUCUUAAAGGUCAUUCUCCUUGGGGAUGGUGGAGUUGGGAAAAGUUCCCUCAUGAACCGGUACGUCACCAACAAGUUUGACUCGCAGGCUUUCCACACGAUUGGUGUGGAGUUUUUAAACCGGGACCUGGAGGUGGAUGGACGUUUUGUGACCCUCCAGAUUUGGGACACUGCAGGACAGGAGAGAUUCAAGAGCCUGCGAACCCCCUUUUACCGGGGAGCUGACUGCUGCCUGCUGACCUUCAGUGUGGACGACCGGCAGAGCUUUGAGAACCUCAGUAACUGGCAGAAGGAGUUUGUCUAUUAUGCUGACGUGAAAGACCCUGAACAUUUCCCAUUUGUAGUCCUGGGCAACAAGAUAGACAAACUUGAGAGACAAGUGAGCACAGAGGAGGCCCAGACCUGGUGCAUGGAAAACGGUAACUAUCCGUACCUGGAGACUAGUGCCAAGGAUGACACCAAUGUGGCAGUGGCCUUUGAGGAGGCUGUGCGACAGGUGCUGGCGGUGGAGGAGCAGCUGGAGCACUGCAUGCUGGGCCACACCAUUGACCUGCACUCCAGCUCCAAAUCAGGGUCUUCCUGUUGUUAAGAGUGGCUGCUGCUUCGGGAACACUGCUCGAGCCGACGGCUGGGUUGGAGCAAGCGUGGACAGCUCUGCCGUGCUCUGAGGAGAGUGGCCACAAGGACAACAGGUGGUUUGCUCGCUGGGGAGCUGCAGCCUCACCAUCUGAAUUGUGGCUGGAGUUUUCAGGCACAGGGCGUGUAUCUGCAGGAGGGAGCUGUUAAAAGAGCAUAUGAGCACAGUUCUGCUUCUCUUUUUGCCUGUUUUAGCAGGUUUAAAGGACGGAGUUCAAGUCCUUUAAAUUCGCUAAAGACAAAAGGGAUCUGAUCUGUAUCAAGAACUGCCUGUAAAACAAAGCUGAGAGUGCUCUUCAAAGUAUUUUAGUCCUGAACUCAAAAAAUUACUAGACCCACUAAACUCGUGACCUUACUGCCAAAGGAAAGUCUGCUCAGCAUACAGAACGAAAUCUGUUGUAGAGACUCUAGCUCAUGUAACUGUGAGAACACCAAAUAAUAGAGAGGCUGAGAUGUGUGUAUCUGUUGUCUGGAAUAAGUGCUUUGUGUCCUGGGACUCAGCUGUGCUGAAUUUGUUAGAGAUUUAGUAGAGCUUUAGAGAUUCAGAUCAAUGUAGAGAGUUGAUCUGAAGCAACAUAUGAAAGAGAGACAGACCUGUGUUUGAAUGUGGCAGCAUCGCUUCUUUGUAGCUGCUUUUUUCUGGUGUGUUUCUCCUCACCUCUAACUUUGUCUUGUGUGAGUGUUAUUUCGUGGAGACACUGUCUGCUUCUUGUUUAAUAUAUGUUUUCUUGUCUCUUCUGGAGGCUCAACACCAGAUCUUGCUUCUCGUACCAUGAAGCCCUGAAUGAAAAACACCGAUGUGGACACUCACUGGGUCAUGUCAAAGGGUUUAGAUUUACUCAGGUGUUCAGGAGAUCUGGAGUGUGAAACUUCAACUGGUUUCUGUCACAAGUAAUCGCCAUAUCCAGAUGAUGUGCUCUAGCAGACCCAUGGUAGAUGGGUGGGAUGUCUGCUGCCUGUGCAGGUGGCUGGGGGAGUCACACGUGGUCAGCUGUUCUAUCCACCUAUGGGGUGUGGAGGCCACUGUGCUUCGUUAGCUGGUGAGUCAGCAUCUUCACUUGCUUUAGCACGAGUUGUUCUCAUCUGGAUGAUGCAACAUAGAGCCAUUCACAUCACUACCUGUUGUGUCAGGUCAGGUGUAGUGCUGCUGGGCACGGUUAACUCAUGCCAUUGUCCUGGCCCUUACUCCCUAACAGGAAUCCAGUACAUUUUAUCUGUAAUUCAUAUGACAGACUUUGCUGGGAGAGGCUGUCCAUUUAGUUAAUUGGCCUUUGUUUAGGGCUACUGUGUUCAGUCCAUUGGGGAAAGAGCUGCACUGGUUCCACCUCUGUUCAAGGUGGCUGAAAAAUGGUACAGGGCAGGCAGGGAACCUUCUAGAAAAGGAUGCCAGGCUUUGCUGAUCUCAGCUCUUGCUCCCUGCUAGGUGUUAGUCCCAAGCUAUUUGUGUAAGGGAGAGGUGAGUGCUUGCUGACUGCUGUCUUUACAUUUAUAACCUCAUGUCCUGCAACUUCCCAUGCAAGCAUUUGUCCAAAACUGACUUUUCCAUAAGCACCCAGGAGCCUGCCAUGGGGAGAGCUUCCCUGAGUCUGUAUCCACCAGGUGCUGAUGUGAUCCCCACUGUGAGGAGCUACUGCCACUACUUCUUGUAGCUCACAUCGAGCAGCCUCACUUAUGCUGUGCUUUAGAACAGCCUCUGCCCUCGGGCUGGCUGGUGGCAGCUAAUCCCAUCACCAAGCAGUCUCUGAGCCUGCAGGGAGUCUCCUCUGGGGAAAUUAAGGGAUGAUCCUGCCCUUCCCUGCAGGGCAGUCACGUGUGGAAGGGACUGAAGCUUUAAUGCAAAGUGCUUUAGAGGGGUCUGGUUUCUAAGCAGGGCUGAACACUCAUUUGCAGGGAUAGGUAGGGAGUGUUUGCAGCCUCUGCAAAACCAGGUCUCUUGAGGUACAAGAGAAGGCUCUGUCUCUGUAGGUGCAACAGGUUUAUACAGGAUAUUACAGUUGCUGAUAUUUACCAAUGUCUGAGCUGCCCAGGACUCUAGAUUUCUUUUCAGUUUAACACUUCUUGGUAUUUCCUUGAAGAUCCCAGAUUCAGUGACCUGUGCAUCUGAUUUACAUCUCUGAACAGACACAUUUCCCUGAACUGGUUUGAGGAGGGGGUGCCUGGGUGUGCUAGAGGGGCUGUUGAGGUUACUUCCAGAGGGUGAAACUGCUGUUUCCUUAGCACAGCUCCCAUGGGAUCUGUGUGAGGACUGGCCCCCCCUGUGGGAGAUGGCAGAGACUGAACAAGCCACGGUGUAGGAGGUGUACUGUUGGCAGUAGCCUUGGGUGUGUCUUGAUGCUGGUAGCUGAGCAGGUCAAGAGUCUCACUGUUCACAGGCUGUGCAGAGGGUAUGUGUCACUGGAGGGUGUUUCACAGCAUCUUUUAUUCCCAGCAGACUUUGGAUCAUUGACUUUAAAAUGUAAGAAAAUCUUACUAGGUUUCUGUGUCUUAAAAAUCCAUAGUAUAUUUUAAGAUUCUGAAUUCUUUGUUGCAAAGUUCAGUGCCAACAGCCAUCCCCUCUCUGUGUCCACUCAUGCUGCUGCACUUAUUGCUAUUGCUAUAGAACUGGAACUAUGAAACCAAGAUUCUACCUUUAUUUAAGCAAAUAAAACAUGGAUGUAUUCAAGUGAA